AUGCGCGCAUGGGCACAUUACAUAGCGGCAGGGAGUGAUGUCGAGGAGGUGCCCUUAUUGGCGGAGGUGGAUGACGGGGAUCCGGCUUGCGAAAAUGCCGGAAUCUUGGUCCGCAUCGAUUCCAGGGAGCGGAAACUUCUUGAGCAUCUUCGAGAGCACGAGGGAGACACGUUUCCUUUCACAGUCGAGACCUUGCGUGUGGCCGAUGUCAUCAUCGGUUCGCCUCCCUACGAAAUCUUCGUUGAGCGGAAAAGCUUGAAUGAUUUGGUCAGCUCCAUAUUUGACACACGGCUCCAUAAUCAGCUUGGGAAUAAACUCCAUGCCACUGAUUACGAGCGUUUUCGUACUUUGUUGAUUGUCGAGGGGCACUUGUCGUCUUUGCGGAUGAAGUGUGCAAAGGCCGCUGGGUUCGUCGAAGAGACAUCGGAGCAGACUUAUGAAUCGAAACGACGGUUGGUGAAUUCGACUCUGGCGAGGAUCACGAUCCGCGACCAGAUUCCGGUUUUGCGCUCUACAGAUAUAGCUGGGACAGUUGAGAUCAUCAGGACCCUCGUCAGCGACUACCCGCGGAUCACAAAGUUUGGGCCCGCUCAGUACAGCGUUCGGCUCGACAAGCCUCACAGGCCACGACGUGGGGAAGACCCCAGGGAAGUACUCUCUGACCAGCUCCGGUGCGUGCGAGGCCUCUCUCGCCAUGGUGCCCGGUGCCUUGCCGAGGGCCACCCACACAUUCGUCGUUUCUGA